AUGCCUGCGCUCGAGCACCACAACGGCCAGUUCGUUGCGUCUGAUGUUAACUGUUGUUCCGUGCUGAAGAUGGGCGCCGAUGCCGUCGAAAUAGUUGAAGCCGUUGAAGCCGCCGAGGCCUUUGCCGCCAUUAAAACGUCUACAAUCACCACCGGCACAGGCACCAUCGCCAAGACCACCGGAGCGAGCUGGAUUGCCGCUGACAGGAUUCCCACUACUGGCACUGACAGCAGCUACAGGGCUGCCACUGCAACCUCAACCGGAAUCACAACCAUCACCACUGACGCGCCAACCAGUGGCACUGGGGUUGACGCUGCCAGGGUCCAGAUUGAGGACCCUGGUAACAAUUCUGGGUCCGCGCUAACCAACACCAACACUUGCGGAGGCAACAUUUGCAACACAAGCUCAAGUUCAAGCUCAAGCACAGCGACCGGGGAUGCCUCGUUAUGUUCAUCGCCUGCUCUGGAUUCUGCUUGUCCUGUGUCUGUAGCUUCUUUGCCCUCUUUGCCAUUGGCAUUGCCAUUGUCGCCUCUUGCUUUCCCUUCGACAUCUGCUUCUGCUCCCCUUCUUCGUCCCACGUCAGCCUCCGCUUCCUCGUCUACCUUUAUACUUUCCAAAGCACCUCCACCAAAGAAAUACGCACGUAUUCCUCCUCCCAUCGAGAUCGGCGGCAAGCUUCGCAACAGUACUGCCUUUUUGCUGUCACCCUCGCCUCCUCAGUCUGCCCUCCUCUCUCCUUCCUCGGGCACGCUGUUUUCGACACCCUCCACAUCCUCUCUUCAGUCGCCCUUCUCCUCUCUUUUCAACAACACGGUGUCUGCUCCAGAUACACGGGCCUCUUCGUCUUCCUCACGCACACUCACGACGACGGCCAUUGGCUCUCACACUGACGACGACGACACUAACAACAGCAGCGGCGGCAGGAGCAGGACCAACAACGACGACACCGCCUCGACCUGCUUCCACGGAGCAUCUGAGUCGGUUUCAAACCCCACAUCGCCAACUUUGACAGUUUGGCCCGGCCACCACGAUACCGACAGUGACAACCACGCCAGCCAGCUUAUUGGGCCUGUCCGCUGUCGCUCUUUGUCCGCCGGUCAUAGCAGCAUGACUAUGACGGCCACCGCUGCUACACGGAACGCAACUGCAAGCGACAACUGCGACCACAACCACGGCCACUUUCUCAGCGCCAGCUUCGACGGGACGGCUGCCGGGCGCAUGAACACUGCCCGGACGAGCAGCAGCAGCCACGGCAACGGCAAUCGGAAGAGCAACAGCAGCAACAGCCGCUGGCGUCCGACCUCUGCAAAGAGUGCACGAAGCGCCGAACGGGUUCGUAGACGGUCGCCGAGCCCGCUGUUCAACCCGUUUGCCCGCGUUUCCCGCCACCGACACGACGACACCCGCGACGACAACAACAACAACACCGACAGCAUGCUUGCCAGCACAAGCAACGGGCGCCAGCCUACUUACAACCGGCGGGGCUCCUUGUCCUCUGGUGCAGCACCGCCGCCAUUGACUCGUGAAGAGUUUGAGGCUCUUCCCGUGGCCAUUCAACGAAAGCUCGCUCAGAUCGAUCCGACGUAG